GGUUCUGAACCUUGCUGUCAACAACACCAUCAAAAACAUCAAACUGAUACCCGAGCCACACAUCAUGGAUAUCGUCAAAGAAUGCCCCGAUAAAUUAGUAAAAGAACCCAAAUCAUUAUCCGAAGACGAAAAACGAAUGCUUGUCACACAGUCCUCGCGCUUAGUUACCGAAUAUCAAGCCAAGCAACUGGAAACGCAUGCACAGAAACAUUGGGAUCUGUUCUACAAACGGAAUGAGACUCGAUUCUUUAAGGAUCGGCGAUGGACAACCAGAGAGUUUGACGAAUUGCUCGACGAUCAAAAUCUUUCGAGCGAUGUAGAAGUGUCAACGAGUCGCACGAAAUAUUUACUGGAAGUUGGUUGCGGCGUGGGAAAUUUAGUUUUCCCGUUGAUUGAGGAGCGGAAAACGAAAUUCUUUUUUUACGCUUGCGAUUUCUCACCGCGAGCAGUUGAAUUUGUCAAACAAAAUCCACUGUACGACGAGAAUGUGAUAAAGGCCUUUCAGUGCGAUGUGACAAAAGCUAGUCAGCUGAACGAUGUUAUUCCCUUCGAAUCGCUGGACAUUGUGACGAUGAUAUUUGUACUGUCAGCUAUUCAUCCAGACAAUUUUGUCGGUGUAUUCGGAACGCUGUUUAAAUUGCUCAGACCAGGAGGUGUACUGCUGUUCAGAGACUACGGUUUAUAUGACAUGGCCCAAUUGAGGUUCAAACCGGGACAUAAAAUAAACGAAAAUUUCUACAUGCGACAGGAUGGAACGAGGAGUUACUACUUUGCCGAAGACGAACUAUCACAAUUGGUCAAAUCAGUUGGAUUCGACGUGAACGAAUGCGGAUAUGUGCAUCGUCGAACGGUGAACGUGAAAGAGAAGAUUGACACACCGCGCAUAUUCAUUCAGGGAAAAUUUGUAAAGCCAGCAACGGUAACAUUAAACAGUUGAUGGCCAGCAAAGCUCA